CCAAUGUUUGAAUUGGUACCUACUGUGUAUUGUAGUGAAUUAGGUUUUCUUUGUUGUUUAUUUAUUUUUAUUUGGUAAAAUUUGGUUGUUUGUUAGAUUCUCUGGCUAUAUUGGAGAAAAUAAUAUAAAAUAUAUUUUACGAACCACAAUGAACAAUAUUUUUCGUAUAAAUUUGUCUCAAGUGCCAGAUGAACCUCGGGAAGCCUUGCAGUUUAUAGUUAAUAUAUUGAUAUCUGAGAUUUAUCCAAUAUCAAGAAAAAUUCGAUGUAAAUUGAAAUCUUAUAUGGAAGAUGGCGAUAGGGAAGAGAAUGAAAAAUUUAAAGAUAUAUAUUCUUUGUGCUGUCAUCAAAUAAAGAAAAUUAUAUUGAAUAUAAUUGACAUUUUUAAAAUUGAAAGUGAUUAUUGUUUGCUUCUUCAGGAAACUCGUCAGUUUGCACUUGAAAGGAUGACAUGGUGUAUCAACAGGUUGCUAACCAUUGACAACCACUUGGAUCAGUCACCCAAGUCAAGUGAAGGAGGGGAAUCCACAUUUACAACACCAAUAUACUUUGUUAAUUGGAUUGACCAUACUUUUGAGGUCCUAGCAAAACUUUCUGAAGUUAUUUACAGAACAGAUUAUAAAGAUAAUGACGAGCUGUAUCAACAGUGGACAGAUGAUAUAAUAGAGUGUGUUACUGGCCUUCACACAUGUGUGGACGAGCUGUUAGUGUCUGCCAUGACACUGUGCAAAUACUGUUUGCCGUGCGACCAACAUAUUGUUAAAGCAAGGUGCCAAGUAGUUUUAAGAGAAACAAAAGCGUUAAUAAGCGAGUUGAUUGUUGAAAACACAAACUCAAUCUUCAAAGUGACACAAGACACUCUGAAACUGCCCAUCAUGCCUUCAAAUGUGAACAUACUGAUUGAUGUACUGAAAGACGUGCUUUAUGUACUAGAGACUAAUACCAAUACUGCAUUACUAGCGUUGUUAGUACACUGUUUUAGCUGUAGUCAGUCGCCAGUGGAUGUUUUAAAGGAGCAUUUUGUGACAAAGACAUGCGCCCAGUGUGCUGAUGAUGUGGAAGAAUGUCCUGUGGUUAAGGAGUUUGAUUUGUACAACGAGAGACUUCUUCAGAUUGGAUCAUUUGCCGUUUCAUGUUCUUCUGAUCAGACAAGAAUAUUAUCAUUACGAAGUGGACUCUCCAGUCUGGAGGCGUUGGACCCUCACCUGGUGCCAGCGGUGAUGACGUCACCCACCAGCCACCACGCGUCUCUGUUGAUGAACACUUGGAACCAGGAGGUCCAAGAAAUCAAGGACAAUGUGUUUUUGAUUGUGGACCCAGCCGCAUUUGCAGAAAAAGCUAAGACUAUGAUGCACCCGAUACUACUGGAGCUUCUCAAUGACAAACGCUAUAUAAACAAAAAUGUAUGUGCUGUAAUAAAUAUUGGCUGUAUAGUACAUAACUUCUUCGGUGUUUACAACAAGAAUGAACCAGACGCUUUGAUACAACAAGACACGCUGAUGCCUCUAUUAGCGGAUUUAGACAAAGUUCAAAUGGAAUGUAAAAUCGUCAGCAACCUACUCGCCAGUGGAGAUGACUUCGUUUACGAUGUUAAGAGAGUAAAGAACAAUAAUCCUUCAAUAGACCAGCUUCUCAAACGUCUGAAACUCCUGUACACGCUAGUCCGCAGAAUCCGCGAUCUACAUCACCCUAAAGACAACGAAGACCUGUUCGAAUUAUGCGAUGACGAGUCUCCUAUAAACGCAACACAUACAGUUCACAUUAUAAACCCAAAUACAUACAUAAACACUCCGAGGAAACCUGUGAAUGAUGUGUCAAGAAGUAUAUUCGCUAGGACCUCAAAUGUGAGAUCGUCAACUAACAAUUUCCCGCUAUCAAAAUUGACCAAGCAUUUUAAAGCAAAAUGUGAAGAUUUGAGCUUCUCUUUUAAAUUGGAUGAGUUGGUAGAUGCAUUUGAUAAAAAUCCGACACAAAAUGUUCCUUAUGUCAGCACUAAUUUGACAAGAGUUCGGGAAGUAUCGAUUUUGUAUGCGUUUUCACCAACGAAGACCAGGUCUUCAUUGAGAAGAACAGUGUUGAGUAGCAAAUUAACUUAUGCCAAGAAAUUAGAUAAAGGACGUAUUGAAGAUACAUGUACUGAGAAAGAGAGCCUUAUAGACGAUACUAUGAGUUUACAAAUUACAGAUGUACUAAACGAAAUCGACAACCUGACGCAAGUACUAUCUCCAACAAAAUCGUUGACACGCAAACCAGAGAAGCAAACUGCAGAAAAGAAAAAUAUUCUGACACUGAGCAUAAACAAUGAGAAUACGACGAUAUCCAAACAAAUCUGGAAUAUUCCGGUCAAUUCCAGUGUGGUGGAACAGCCUUUGAAUGACAGUGAAUGUACGAAUUCAUCUGAUGUGUCCCAACCUUCCAGUGUGACUACGUUGGAAAGGAUUGAGGAUUUGAAUCGGGUGGACAGUAGACUUAGUAGCCUAAGGUCUAUGCAGUUUGAAACCAGUCUGUAAUAACAUACCAUAUGCCCCAGGAGGGCUAGCUACAUAGCCACAUUAAUAAGGCCGCUGCAGAACGAAUGCAUACGCAACGCAGCCAGCCACAAUUCCAUGAACGCGCACCUUUAUGUAUACAUAUGCAGUACAUAUAUGUAUAUAUAUGUACUGCAUAUGUAUUAGGCCUGCACUUGCCUAUAUUUCUAUGGUAGGUACCAAGUGGUUACUGAUUUAAAUUACGUGCCAAAGAGAUGGCUCUUUGGCAAGUAAUUUAAAACGUAAGAUUGGUUCAAUCUGGUGCGCGUUACUUGAUAAUCGAUCAUGUGAUUAUAACAUUCCAUUUUUUAUAUAUUUACAAUAAAGACCUUAGUUAUAAGGAAAAAUAAUUUUAAAAGUGAUAAAUCAAUGAAAUCCGUCCUGUACAAUGUUAGACUAAGAUCUUUUGACUUUACUUACAAUAUACUUAUAUUUACAUUUUAAA